CGUGCGGUUGACUACUCUGAUCCUGCCGGAAAAACGGAAAUCUGAACUGAAUCCUGAACGGAAUCGCGAGUGUUUUGCCGCCAAGUGUUGCUGCAUUCGUGUUGCAAGUGAAUUAAAAUGAUGCUCAAAGGCCAGGAGUGACCUGUGCUGAGCGAAUUUAUCGAUAAGAGUUGGUUACUGCAGGCCCAAUUCUCAUAGAAUGAAGACAGCAUUCAAUUGUGCAAUAUUUAUAUAGUGAGUUUCAUCAACUCAAAGGAGAUAAACUAAUAAAAUUACCAUAGAAAAAAUUUACAAGUGAAUACUCGACAAAACAACUCGAUGGUUUCCAGUCACUGACAAACUUAAUCAAACAAAUCUAAGUACAUAUAUCCAAAAUGCAAACCACCUAUACCCAAAUCCGUGCGAUAAAUAUUAUCCUGCUCCUUAUCCUGAUGAGUCAGCAAUGCAAACUUCAGAGAGUGGAGGUGCCAGCUGAAGUUAUCGUUGAUCCCAAAUUUAGUUCCCCAAUUGUGAAUAUGACAGCGCCCGUGGGACGUGAUGCCUUCCUAACGUGCGUCGUCCAGGACCUGGGUCCUUACAAGGUAGCGUGGCUUCGAGUCGACACACAAACCAUUCUAACCAUACAAAAUCAUGUUAUAACAAAGAACCAACGCAUUGGCAUUGCCAACUCCGAGCACAAAACCUGGACAAUGCGCAUUAGGGACAUUAAAGAGUCGGACAAAGGCUGGUACAUGUGCCAAAUCAACACGGAUCCGAUGAAAAGCCAAAUGGGGUACCUUGAUGUUGUGGUACCGCCGGAUAUCCUAGAUUAUCCUACGAGCACGGACAUGGUCGUUCGCGAGGGCAGUAACGUGACGCUCAAAUGCGCCGCUACCGGUUCGCCAGAGCCGACAAUUACAUGGCGACGUGAAAGUGGAGUGCCUAUCGAGCUGGCCAGCGGAGAAGAGGUCGUGAGUAUUGAAGGCACUGACCUGAUAAUACCGAACGUGAGACGUCAGCACAUGGGCGCCUACCUGUGCAUAGCCUCCAACGGAGUUCCGCCCUCGGUGAGCAAACGGAUCACGCUUGUUGUGCACUUCCCACCGAUGAUUACCGUGCAAAACCAACUAAUCGGAGCUGUCGAGGGAAAAGGAGUAACUUUGGAAUGCGAGUCGGAGGCCUACCCCAAAUCGAUCAAUUACUGGACCAGGGAACGUGGCGAGAUUGUGCCACCAGGCGGCAAAUACUCGGCGAAUGUCACGGAAAUCGGCGGCUAUCGCAAUUCGAUGCGGCUCCACAUAAAUCCCCUUACGCAGGCCGAAUUCGGGGCUUAUCGCUGCGUGGCGAAGAAUUCCCUGGGCGACACGGAUGGCACAAUUAAGCUGUACAGAAUACCCCCGAAUGCCGUCAACUAUGUGGAGAACUUUGAGGCGCGGCACAAAGGCAAGAAGCGAACGAAAGGCUCGGAGUCGCACCAUCCGGCCAGGGCCCAGGAGCACAGUGGCGAGGAUAUGGAAAAUCCGGGAAAAAGAAAAGCCGAUUUGAGCCUGAGUGCGGAGAGCAUCGACAGCAUUUACGGAUCCUCGGCAGCUCGGACUCGGCGGCAGGACCUCGGCGGACUGCCGCUCCUCGCCGUGGCAUUGGUCCUGGCUCUGACGACGGCGGGAGUGAUGCGGCAAGCCCAGAUGACACAGCCGCCACAAACACUGACGCAUGUUUGACACAGACGCCGCACUGACAAGGACAUGGACAUGGAUAUGGAGUCAGCGCUAAAUCCGGACUUGGAGCCGGAGCAAAGUCUGCAGUCUGCGGCAGUGGCAGUGGCAGUGCAAUGAUGAUUGAGUUUGUCAAUGCCAAACGCUGCUUGGCGCUGAUUUAUGGCUCGUUGCGGCUGCUUUCAGUUAAAGUUUGUCAACGCCGAAUUACAUAUUUCAAGUGCGCCACCCGGCGGGUGGUCCGCAUCUGUAGCCAGUAAGUAAACUAGGCUUCCUAAUUCCAAAUCGCGCCAUUGUUAAGCCGUGGAAUUUUAGUUAGGGUUCGAGUUCAGCCUUCAGUGCAACCAAAUCAAUUACGGCACUUGUACAUAGACGUAUUGCAAGGUUUUCGAAUAACUCUAGCAGGUAAAAAGACUGGAGUUGGCAAGGGGCUAUGUAUUAUAAGUAUUGUAUAAACCGGAUGUGGCAAGAGUCUAAGUGGGCGACAUGUACUUACCGUUUGACAACAAAUUAAAAAGUUUAGUUUUAAAGCUGUUUAAAUAAGUCUUCGGUAAAGAAAAUAUGAAAGGUAAAGAUAAAAAUUCGCGGAGUUUCAAAAAUAUAUGAAAAACUACCAUCAUAUUCGAUAUACAUAGCUAUAUCACAAACUGCAAAGAGAAAUAAAUAUCCGCCAAAAGCUUAACAGCUUUAAUGUAAAAACAAAAAAAAUAUUUAUUAAUUAGCUCAGCAGCUGGCUGUGUUCCCAAAAACUUAAACCAACAAAAAAGCUUCAUUUAUUUUUCUUUACCUUGCCUCAUUGCUCCUGAAAUAUAUUAAAACCAUAUAAAACGUUUAAACAUAUGUACCACUUCGAACAAAAUACAUAUCAUUUAUUCAACAUUCUAAACUUAGAACAAAUUCUAUACAUUUUUGUUUAUUUUAUUUCGACAAACAAUCAACAUUAAUAAAGAAAACGGUUAUUCAAACAAAAUAUAAAAAAUACUAGACAUGCAGUAAAUUUAAAUGGGCAAAUUAAUCUCACGAUUAAGUGCGGAUGGGGGCUCCAUUUAAUAUAUAUUUAGCAAAAUGUAUAUUUCCAGACGAAAAUAAAUUGUUAAAAAAGCUAAUUAUAUCAGUUAUGUUUAUAUCGCUAUUAUAUACACAUACAUACGUUUAUCAAAUAUCAAUAUUAAUUAAUAAUUUUAAGCAUCACAUGUACAUGACAGUGUAAGCAAAUUGCCGA